GGCGGGGCGGGCUUUGAGAUGUGUAGAAGAGAAUGGAAGCUGCUCGCCAUUCAGGGGCAGGGAUUGAAGCGCUGAGCCAUUUACCCGCACACACGCAGAGGGGCAUGCGCUAUCUCCAUCUCUAUGGCAUGGGAAACCACGAAUACGCAAAGCCCUGACACCUGCCAUAGCCAAGGCUAGCAAAUCGUGCCUUUCGCGAGAAGGAAGAGUGGCACCCGCACUGCAAGGAAGGAACAGUCUUAUUGUUGCAGCUACUUCGGACUGGAGCCAUUGUCACAAGAAGUAAGGAGAAGUUUGAAGGUGCUGUGCCAUCUACUGAUCACUAUUUGCACCCCAGAGCAAUGAAUGGCUACGGUUCUCCUUACCUGUAUAUGGGGGGUCCAGUGUCUCAGCCCCGUGCCCCCCUGCAGAGGACCCCGAAAUGUGCCCGCUGUAGGAAUCAUGGGGUCCUUUCCUGGCUGAAAGGGCACAAACGUUACUGCCGCUUUAAGGACUGCUCCUGCGAGAAGUGUAUCCUCAUCAUAGAGAGGCAGAGGGUCAUGGCUGCCCAGGUGGCACUUCGGAGGCAACAAGCCAACGAGAGCUUAGAGAGCUUGAUCCCAGAUACACUCAGAUCAGUGCCAGGUCUCACUACCAGCCUGCCCCCAGACACAUCCCAGCAGCCUGGCCGCCCGGGAGAAAUGGGAAUCCGAUGGGCACAGGAGGCUCCCUCGACUAUGUCACUCUCUGUCAAAGCAGACCUGGCAGAGGAGAGGAUGGGGGACAGCAGCGGCACAGAGGCCGGGGAGACGUACAGCGAUAAAGACGCAGAGCACCGGAGCUCUCCAGAAGGGAAGCCUUGCUGUACCCCAGACAGCCCAGAAGUAGUGCGAGUUGCAGAGGCGGGAUACUCUGUGCAGAAAUCCUGCAGCACCACGGACAGCACCACAGACAACUCCAAGUACCCAGAGGAGCAGGGACAUCUUGUGAUUGAAGGAGCCACUGGCACUGUGUCGCUUCCCUUCAACCUGAAGGCCAACAGGCCACCCCUAGAGGUUCUUAAGAAGAUAUUUCCAAGUCAGAAGCCCACAGUCCUUGAACUCAUACUGAAGGGGUGCGGCGGGGACUUGGUGGGGGCAGUAGAAGUGCUUCUGUCCAGCAGAUCCUCAGUAGCUGGCGAGAGAACUGCCCCUGAACCCGAAAACAUAGUGUUGCCCCACAAUGGCCAUUUGUUCGAACACACUCUCAGUUCAUACCCCUUAUCCUCAUCCAAAUGGUCUGUGGGAUCUGCCUUUAGGGUGCCAGAUACGCUGCGCUUCUCUGCCGAUUCUAACAACAUGGUCCCCAACCCCCUGGCUGUACCACUGCAGCACCCCUUCCCUCAGCCCCCCAGGUAUCCACUGCUUCUUCGGAACACCUUGGCAAGAAACCAGUCCAACCCAUUCUUGCCCAAUGAUGUGACCCUGUGGAACACCAUGACCCUGCAGCAGCAGUACCAGCUGAGAUCUCAGUAUGUCAGCCCUUUCUCAGGCAAUUCCUCCAGUGUCUUCAGAGGCUCCCCUGUUCUUUCUACCAGACCCCCUGAAGACCCUAGAAUAUCAGUCUCCGAAGAGAGCUGCCCCAUUGUAGUAAAACAGGCAGUAUACACAGAAGAUGACUAUGAUGAGAGAUCAGAUUCAGCAGACUCCAGAAUACUCAACAAUUCCUCCUAAAAGGCACUGUGGAUCACUGGGCUGAACCAAGAGACAAACAGUAAAAUGGACUGGAAGAUCAGAAUUAACCCCCCUUUAUCUAACUUUAUUUAAUUUUCACCUGUACUUGUCAAAGCAAUAAUUAGAGUCUGGGUGCCUAUUAUUAUAUAGCUAGUUAUAAACAAUGUAAAUAUUAUUUAAAAGAAACAUAUACAUUUGUAUCAGUUAUUCCUAGUCCUAUGACAUGUGCCAAUAAUUAGGAAAAAAACUAUUUUGCCCCAUAGAGAGGCAGUCAGAAAUCCAUUUGAAUUUGAAACUUGCUACUAUUAUAGUAAUUUGUGUCUUAGUACCUUUUUUGUGCACAAAAGAGAGCACCAGGCCCACACCUACAACUUGGAAACUCAGGAGGCCUGUUGCAAGUGUUUUAUAUUGGGCCUGUGUGGGUCUGUUUGGCCCUUUGUGUAAAUUAAAUGUGCAGGCUGAUUUUGAUUCUCAGUCCAAACACACAGGGUACAGUACAAUAUCAUCCUUCCUCCUGUUAAUUGCUCUAUGAGAGGCAAUAAGACAAUAUUACUGAGCACAUGCCCUGACAGCUGCCUGUGUGAAGGUAUUACAGAAUAUAACAGAACUUGAGUGAGAGGUGACUUACUGAAGCAACUUAUGGCAGCCCCCCCUGUCUUCUCACACUAGAAAAGAACAUAUGUAGUGUAAAUGUAAUACUGCUAAACCGAAUGUGAACUGCAUGGAUUGCAUUGUUAAAUGAGCCCAACAGUAAAUAUUGUCAGGUUAAUGUAGCAUGCUAAGGACUCUGGCAGAAAUAAAACAGAUAAUGAGCAUGCCAUU